AUGGAUCUCCUUCACUUCAAUGCCCUACUAAAGCAUGGCGUGUUGCUGGACACUUUCGCUGGCACUGCUGGAUCACUCUUCGCGGAACCGGGCCUCAUUGCUCCCAAGUCGGGUCUCACUCCUCUCUCCCCUGACCGAGCCAGAUGUCACUUCAAGCUCAGUUACGCUACAGAGUUACCUGAAAGUGAGCUCGGAGACGCAAGCGCCGUGAGAGGUCAAAUUACCUCUCAACUUUGCUUUCAGACCCUGGUUCACUUUGUUCAAUCACCGACAAGAAUCCUUCACAUCCAGAAAGCCAUUCACCAGCAGAACGUGCCCGGCAAAUCCCUCACCGCACUGUUGUUCUCCUGUCCUGGUCACUUCGGCUCUUCAAGAAUCGCCUAUCUCGAGUUCAAUAAGAGCGCUGUUCGCAGAACGGUACUCGGUUCAGCCAUGUCUGCUUGCAGCCUGGCUAUGAGAUCCCGUAAGCGGGUCGGGCCUGUCCAAACGAAAGCUCAAGACCAAGACCAAGAGCAGACUGGGAAGAUCCUCGCGGAACUAUUGCGCAAGCAUUCUUCGUCUCCUCCCAGCUCUGUCAAACUUAAAUUCAAGGAUUUCCGUCACUAUAUGGCAACAGUUGCAGUAGCCGAACACAAAUUACAGGAACAAAUCAGACAGGCAGAGACCAAGGUCAUCGAAUCAUGCAGCCUCAAGCUGAUGAAGCUCGAAAAUGGUAAUGAUCAAGAAUUCAAUGCCUUCUUCCGUACGCCUCCAGGGUACCAAGGCAAGUUCCAGGCCGGCGAUAAGGCACGCGUUUCUCUUUGCCUGCCGGGUGGACUGGACGAAGGUUGGGUUAUGCGAGUCAUCGAACCGCCUCAUUUUGCUAGGGCUGGUGAAAUUACGGCAGUGCUCUCUCCAGGGAGGGCAUGGUCUGGCAAUGAUCAGAUCAAAAUCAUCACGCCUCCUGGACCACAUGUCACAGGCGGCAGAGCACUCCGCUGGAUCCUCGAGCAGAAAGGGAAUCCGGCUGUGAUUAUACCAGAGUUUCGCCACAGCCUCUGGUAUUACAUCACAGGAGCUUCAGAGGCACUAUUUGAGCGUUCUCGGAAGCCGAAUCAGGAUCCGUCAGAAAGAGCAGUCCUCGACUUCUUGGUUGGCAAUUUCGAAAACCUGCCAAAAUGGAACAUCUACUCACCACUCCACGACAAGUCCCUUGCGACACCAACACUUAUGAAUCUCAACGAUGGUCAAAAACAGGCAAUCGAGAUGGCGAAGAAUGCCCCAGGCGGGUUUUUGAUCUGCCACGGCGGCCCAGGCACCGGGAAGACGCACUUCAUCGUCGAGGCAGUCACUCCCUUCCUCAAUGACUCGGCCAAAGAGCACAAAUUACUUCUAACUGCAGCAACCAAUCGUGGAGUGGACUCAAUGGCGUCUGAGCUUUCUGACCGGUUGAGGCUACUAUCCAAGGAUGACCCUUCACUGGCAAGCCGCUAUAUCCUCCGUGUGCACAGCUACAAAACUGAGAAGGCCAUUGUGAUGAGACAUGCAGAAAAGUCGCGUCGGCAAAAUUUGAGCAAGAAACCUGCCAGCUCUGCUAAGCCCACUGCAGGUCAGGCUUCAGAACGCACAGAUCCACCAGGCUCAAUCACGGCACACUGCACUACAUUUUCGUCCAGCAAGUUCGAGCUGAUUGACGAUCACAGAGUCCAAAAUAUCAAUCUGUCCGUUGGCCACAAAGUCUUGGAGCUACACGACCUAAUUAGCUCCACGUCCACGCCCGAGCCUGAUUUUUCAAGCAGUUCCGGCAGAAACGACAAGUUUGUCAGACUUUACACCCGAUAUAGUAGGGGUGAGUGGUUCCCAUCCGAUGUCAAUGCAAAGUUAGAAGAGGCGCUCGAUGAAGUCUUGGGUGCAGUAGUCCAGGGCGCCACAGCGUUAUGCGCAACAGUUGGAGGCGCUGCUGAGUACAAUAUCUCGAGACACUAUUCCAAUGCCGAGCUCAUCGUCAUGGACGAAGCAGCUCGCAUGCCAGAAUUCGAAACCUGGCCGCUCUUUGCCUUUUACCCGAAAGCUGUUGGUAAAAUCAUGGUUGGCGAUCCUGAUCAACUUGGGCCUCACAUUGACGAGUUUGAGGAGCUUGAGCCGUACCAUGAGCAAUUGAGUAUGUCUUUGCAAGAGCGGUGCCAAAAAGCAGGGUUUGAAUCCGCUUUCUUUACGGUGCAGUACCGGGCUACACCUCAGAUUGCAGACAUAUAUAAUGGAGCAUGUUACGAGAACCGCCUCUCACACGACGAAACCACAAGUAUCGACCAUCCGAAGCGGAUUUUAGCCGAUGCGGUGAAAAGGCACAAUGAGCAGACGUAUGGAUGCGACAAUUCUGUUGUCUUCUUUGAUACCCCGUCCGCGGAAGACACCCAAGCCUACGGAACAUCCAAAGCCUGCGAGCAGUACGCGGCCCGCGUCAUCAAUGUGCUCGAGAAUCUCCUCUCAGCCGGUUUCGGAAGCGAUGCCAACCCAUGCACAAUCGCGAUUCUGACUCCUUAUACUGGUCAGUUCAAAGUACUCAGCUUAGCCAAAGACAACAUGCAGAAGAGGUACCCUGCAGUCCAGAAUGUGAUCAUCGAGACCAUUGGCAAAUGUCAAGGCAUGCAAUAUGACAUCGUUAUUGCAGACCCGGUGCUUGUGGGUGCAAUACCAAGAUUCCUCACAAAAAAUCGAUUGAAUGUGUUACUCUCCCGUGCAAGACACGGAUUGUACGUUGUUGGAAAUUACAACAAGUGGAUUAGCAUGAAGUGGGUGGAAGCUGGCCCUCUCAAGGCUUUUGCGAAGGAAUUGUGGCAGUAUCGCGCCCCUGCGACUGUCCCAGUGCCUAAGCGAUCGCCGUUCAUCGAUUCUGGGGUAUUCUGGACUAGAGACGACGACUAG